GCUUGCUAGCAGCUACCAUCUCUAGACGAGAGCAGCGGCCUCAGAAAAAAUCAGAGAUUCGGUAAUUUACGUGUGAAUUAAGCACGCGCCGUGUACCCAGCACUUGCAGCAGCCGCAGGCCAGCCGACCCGAGAUCCUUUUAGUGAUCCUUGCGGGCGCCCAGCUCCGGAACCGGGAAAAAGGACAUCCGCACUCACAUUUGCCACUCCGUGUGGCGUUUGCGCCCAUCCGUGUGUUCAUGUGUAUGUGUGCCUGCCUGCUCAGUCGCUUGCUUGUGUGUGUGAAUUGUCGGCUUUAAUUUGCAAGCACGCUAAAGUUGUGUUUUUAAAGGACACAAAGGAUUUGCAGGCGGAACGGAAACGCACAAGAUGUCUUACCCACCGCGGGCGCCCAUGCCGCCCUACAUGAAUGCAUCUAUACCGCCGCCGCACAUGAUGCAAAACAUGGGCAAUCCGCCGCGGAACUUCCGCAACUCGGCAACCAUCAGCUCACAGCCGACAGUGUAUCACCGUCCGCCGGAGCCGCAGCCCCAGUUCCGCGGACCAAUCAUUACCGUCUUCGUGGGCAACAUCAGCGAACGCGUCCCAGAGGCGCUGCUCAAACGCAUCCUGGCAGCUUGCGGAGUGGUCAUCAACUGGAAGCGGGUCUCCACAUUUGGCUUCUGCGAAUUCGACGGACCCAUUGCAGCCAUGCGAGCUGUUCGCCUGCUGAGCGAGAUGGAGAUCGAUGGCAAGAAGCUGGUGGCCAAGGUGGAUGCCAAGAACAAGGUGCUCAUCGAGGACUACAAGGAGCAAGAGUGUAAGAACGGAGAUCGCUCCAACUCAGUGGACGAGAAGACUGAGGAUGAAUACGCCAUCAGCCAGAUGCAUGAGUUUCUGGAAGAGCACAAGCACGAGUUUGAUGGAUUCGACGGCAGCAAUCGUACCGAUCUGUACGGCAGCACCAGUCGCAACAAGAAGACACGCCGCGAGGAAGACAUCAAAAUCAAGGUGCUGAACGAAAAUGCCUUAGAGGAGGAGAAGCGCAACCUGAUCAGCAGCGAGAUUGGAAAGUUCCGGAUGCGGGCGGAGGCCGAUGAGCACCGCAAGGAACUGGAGAAGGAGAAAGAAAAGGAGAAGCUUGCGGCCAGCAAGGAGAAGGAGCGCGACAAGGAACGCAAGAAGCACCAGCGUGAAAAAGAGCGCAAGACGUCGACCAGCAAAUCCAGUAGCUCAUCGGCAGCAGUUACCAGCUCCUCCGCCACCACAGGUGCCUCUUCGUCGUCAGCUGCAGAUGGCAACGACGUGGCGGAAAAAGCGGAGAAAGAAGUCACUACCGCUGUUGUCAAGGACGCGGCUGCCACCAAGGAACCGAAGGAAUCGUCCUCAUCUACUGGACGCAGUGCCAGCAGUCGCAAGGAGUCGUCUGCCACCGAGACAACACAGAAGGAGCGGCGCUCUGAUUCCAAGGAGACGCGACGCCGUCGCUCGAAAUCGCGUUCCAAGGACCGGGAGCGGGAACGCGAACGAGAGCUGCGUGAGCUCCGCGACAAGGAGCGCGAGCGGGAACGCGAAAGGGAGCGGGAACGGGAGCGUGAGCGGGAACGCAACGAAAUGCGGGAACGGGAGCGCAACGAGAUGAGGGAACGGGAGCGGGAACGCGAACGAGAGCGGGAAAGGGAGCGGGACCGAGAACGCGAACGGGAGCGCGAGGAAAAGCUCCUGAAGCCUGUCCGCGAUUCGCGGCGUGAAAAGGAAAUGGAGGACGAGCUGCGAGAGCGCAAGAAAUCCGAAAAGAAGGCCCGCGAGAAGGAGGCCGCCUACCAGGAGCGUCUGUCCAACUGGGAGAUUCGUGAGAAGCGCAAGGCCAAGGAAAACGAAAAGUACCGCCUUAAGGAGCUGCUGCGGCAGGAGGAGCGCGAGAGCGACGCCAAACGACUGAAGGAGUUUGUCGAGGACUACGAUGAUGAGCGCGACGAUUCGCUAUAUUAUCGCGGUCGCGAACUGCAGCAGCGGCUGGCAGAGCGUGUGCGUGAGGCAGAUGCCGACUCCAAGGAUCGCGAGAAAGAGGCCGACGAACUGGGCGAGCUCAAGACUAAAUUCUUCAGCGGGGAGUACGAAAACCCGUCGCUGGAGUUCGAGAAGGCGCGCCGGGAGAUUGAGAAGCUCUACGAACCACGCAUUCUGAUCAAUGUGAACCUGGAAGCUGCGGCAGCGGCGACUGCGACGGGCCACCAGCGCAAGCAGGCAGCCUCCGCGGCGGGCGAAGGUGAUGGCCUGAAACAGCGUCAAAAGAGCCAGCAGCUGGACAGUUAUGAUCCGGACAUGGCCGGCAUGAAUGAUGAUGACUCCAUAUCGAACGACGACCACGGCUCCAUGGCCGAUACAGCCUCCAAUGCCAGUGGGGGCUAUGCCAAGAACAACAACAACGACAAGUCGCUGUCGAACAGCCUAAGCAGGCAGAACAGUGAGUCGCGGGACUCGCUGGCCCAGAUCCAUACGCCCACGCAGAGUGCCAUGCUGAAUGACCAGGGAUCGGGACAUGAUGCCCUCUUGCCGUCAGCCACGCCCCCCAUGACCAUGCCCCUCAUCUCGCUAACGCUGGGCAACAACCUCAAGAAGAAGAUCGAGGCAACGGGUGUGUUCGUCAACGACGACGAUAACGAUGAGAAUAUCAAUCCAAAAAAGCGCAAGCUGGUGCCGCUAGACUACGACGACAACAUGAGCAACACAACACCAUCCACACAUCCAGCCAGCACCGCUGGCGGAGUGGGAAACAACAACAGCAGCAACAACAACAACAGCAGCUCGGCGGACCGUCAAAGCUCUGCCGUGUCGGCGGCCACCGCUGCAGCCGCUGCCGUUAGCCAGAAGAUCGCCCAGGCGGGUGGCUCCUCCGCCACGGGAUCGGGAUCCGGUUCCGGCGGCUCCGGGUCGACCACAUCCGGCGGCAAGAACAACGGCAGUGGCAGCAACAGCAGCAGCGGUGGCAACAAUAACAGCAAACAGAACAGCAGCAGCAAACAUGGUAAGAAUGAGGCAGCUGCAUCUGCGGGCAGUAGCGCAGAUGCUGCCGCUGGCAACACAAAAAAGGAUGAGAAUGGUGCAAAGGUGUAUGAUGAAAAACGGCGGCAUAUAAAAAGCAUUAUUGACAGGAUACCCACGCAAAAGGAGGAGCUAUUUAAUUAUAAGCUUGACCGCAACGAGAUUGACACUGGUCUAAUGGAACGCAAAAUACGUCCAUGGAUCAAUAAGAAAAUCAUCGAGUAUAUCGGUGAGCCGGAGCCAACGCUGGUGGACUUUAUUUGUUCCAAAGUGUUGGCUGGCAGCCCUCCUCAAAGCAUCCUAGACGAUGUGCAAAUGGUACUUGACGAGGAGGCAGAGGUGUUUGUUGUGAAGAUGUGGCGCUUGCUCAUCUACGAACUGGACGCCAAGAAGAGCGGCAUCGCGGGGAAGUAGGAGUGCGCCCUGCAUCACUGGGGGACUGGGGGGAGCGGGUGCAGAUCGAGGGAUCGAACGAGGAGCAACUGCGCGAAUAGACUCUAAGUUACUCUUAUGAACCUAUGCGACUACAACCUUGUACAUAAAAGGCGAGCUCCGGAAAUUGUUGCGGCCAAAUGUCCAGCUUUGUUUUCUAAGCUUUGACUUCGUGCAAAAAAUCAAAAAGAAAUUUAUGAAAAAGCGAGACACAAACACUGAAAAACAUAAGCAAAAGCGCAGCCUCAAUGAUUUCUCAAUCCACCUUGUUAGCGUUAAUUGCUAAAAUUAAUAAUCGAUUAAUGUAAAUACACACUAAACUCACUUAUAAAUUUACACCAGCAGAAUCAACAAAAAAUAGCCGUACAUAAACAAAACAAAGCGCUGCCUAUGUACAAUUCAGUUGGUUUCUGAUCCCAAUAUUCCUUUUAUUUGUUGCGACAUCGAAAAUCGAUCUAUGCGACAACUCCUUUAUUCAAAACGAGCGCAAACAAGAAAAAAACGUCUUCUUUUAAUAAAACAAUGAAAGGAAAUUCGAACCUGGGUUUUUGAUUGGUCGAAAACUGAAUGUUAGCUUGCUAAUAGGAGCUUGUGAAAAUAAAUGAUGUUUUUAAAUUUGUAUAAUUUGGAAGGCAAGAGCUGUCUAAAGAGUGAAGUCUCCAAUCUUCUUGCAUCAAUAUUGCAAUUUUAAUAAAAAGUUCUUAUCCUAAUUUAAUAUUCUAGCUAGAUACACUUAAUUUACUGAGAUUUUUGCGUCCCAAAUGUUUUUCCUAUGUGGAACUUAUCCCAAAAAUCUAUUCUAAACGCAUACGUGGCUUUGAAAGUUUCUGUUAAUAUCCGUUGUAGCCGAAUGAAAAAAUGCGAGGAUGUCACAGUUUUCUCUCUCCCAACUAAUUUCGUUGCAAUUCGUAUCAAUGUACAAACAAAUUCUAAACAAAUUUGUUUGUAGGGGAUUUUAGUGGCAAUCCGAUAGUAUUACAGUUCAAUUCAAAUUUAUAAGGAAGUAGACAGUUUUAUAAAUAUUAAUAUUACAACGUAAGACUGAAAGAUUUUGUAGAGACUUUCCUUUCACUUUUCUCAUCAUUCUUAGUAACAUUUAAUUACAAAGAUAAAAGGGAUUUGAAUUGAUCCGAAAUAUUAGUAAGUAUAGACUAAAGUAUAUGAAAUUAAGAGGCUACCCAAGAUGUGACCAAUUUUAAAGGUCUCUGUAGAAUAAGUGCUCAUCUUUCUAACUCUUCAAUGUAUCAAUUAGCUUUAGCUCGUUUGGAUAAGGCCAGAUAAUAAAGCAGAUAGUACUGGGGAGUUACCUAUGACCUGACCAACUAAUUAAGCCUUAAUCCCUGAUCAGAGUUCAUUAGAG